AUGGCCUGGGGGCUGCUCAGCACCGCCAGCCUGGCGCACUUCUGCCAGAAGCUGAACCGGCUGAAGACACUGGAGGAGCCCACCACAGAGACACUGCCGCGGCGCCGCCUGACCACGCUGGACCUGACCUUUCAAGGUGUGGGUGCCUCCAUGGGCUUUGGCCUCUACGUGCUCACAGGCAUUGUGGCCAAGUGGAUGGCUGGCCCUGCGGUGCUUGUGUCCUUCAGCGUGACCACCAUGGCCUCCCUGCUCACAGCCCUCUGCUACGCGGAGCUUGCAGUGCGGGUGCCCUGCAGGGGCUCUGGCUACCUCUUCACCUAUGUGUUCCUGGGUGAGCUGUGGGCCUUCCUCAUUGGCUGGACUGUGUUCAUCCAGUGGCUCAUUGGUGGAGCUCUCAUGGCCCGCGUCUGGAGCAGCUACCUGGAUGCCAUGCUUAGCCAUAGCAUCCGCAGCUUCAUCGAGGCCCAUGUGGGCAUCUGGCAGGUGCCCAUCCUGGCCCGGUACCCAGACUUCAUGGCUGCUGGCAUCAUACUUUUGGUGUUGGCUUUCGUCUCCUGUGGAGCUCGUGUCUCUUCCUGGCUCAACCGCACCUUCUCUGCCAUCAGCCUGGUCAUCAUCCUCUUCAUCAUCAGCCUGGGGUUUGUCCUGGCCCACCCGCACAACUGGAGCGCUGAGGAGGGUGGCUUUGCACCCUUCGGAGUCUCUGGCAUCAUGACUGGUGCCGCCACCUGCUUCUCUGCCUUUGCGGGCUUUGCUGCCAUUGCUGCCUCCAGCAAGGAGGCCCAGAACCCAAAGCAAGCAGUGCCUAUGGCCAUCGCCAUCUCAGCUGGUCUGGUGGCUGGUAGCAACAUCCUCGUCUCCACAGUCCUCACCCUCAUGGUGCCCUGGCAAAGCCUGGACACUGACCGGGCACUCGCUGAUGCCUUCCACCAGCGGGGCUAUAGCUGGGCGGGUGUCAUUGUUGCGGCUGGUGCAAUCUGUGCCAUAACUACUCUCCUGCUCAACAUCCUCCUGCUUGUGCCACGCAUGGUCUGUGCCAUGGCUGCCGAUGGGCUCUUCUUCCAGGUGUUUGCCCGCAUGCACCCCCGGACACAAGUGCCUGUGGUGAGCCUCCUGGUGUUUGGGGUCCUCAUGGCUUUCCUGGCGCUGCUGCUGGACCUCCAGGCACUGUUCCAGUUCCUAUCCAUCGGAACACUGCUGGAACUCACUGUCCUGACUACCAGCAUUAUUGUGCUACGCUUCCAAAAACCCCGUCCAUUCAGUUCUCAGGGCCCAGGAAGCCCUGUGGACACCGAACAGGCCUCAGUCCCUGAGCCUGGGCAGCUGAAACCAGCCCUGAGGCCCUACCUCCGCUUCCUGGGUGGGUGCAGGCCUGGAGCCGCCGUGACUUGGGCGCUCAGUGUCCUGGUGGCCUCGGCCAUCACCCUGGACUGCGUGCUGGUCUUCGGGGACUCGGCCCUGCACCUCCCGCCCUGGGGCUACACCCUGCUGCUCCUGCUCAGCUCCGCCACGUUUCUGCUCAGUCUCAUCGUCCUGGGGGCCCACCAGCAACAACACCGACAGGACACUUUUCAGGUUCCCAUGGUGCCCCUGACUCCAGCCCUGAGCAUCCUCCUCAACAUCUUCCUCAUGCUGCACCUGAGCUACCUGGCCUGGCUGUACCUCUCUAUCUGUCUGCUGAUCGGACUCGCAGUGUAUUUUGGCUACGGCAUCAGGCACAGCAAGGAGAACCAGCGGGAGCGGCCAAGGUUGACUGUCCCACACGGCAGCCUGGAGGAGAUGGUGCCAGCCCUGCAGCCCCCCAGCCAGGCACCAGCCCAGGAGCCCGACCACACGGAGCAGCCUGCCAGUCCAUGAGGACCACAGGGGGCCUGCCCUCCCUCCCCCACCUCCUCAGGAGCUGGAGGGGCUGGAAGCUCCUUCUAUCCAGGGCAGCUCGGGUUUACAGGCCUGCCCAUGCCGGGGGCCCCUCAAGACCUCAUGACCUUAGCCCAGGUGCCAAGCUUCAAGUCCUUGGGAGUGGGUCGUGGCCAGCACUGGUGUGGUGGACUCUGCCCAGCACCGUCCAGUUUAUGACCAACUCCAGCUACCUGGGCAGGUGGAGUAGGGUGGGCAGGGAAGAGGCCCGCAGCCCCAGGGAUCCACAGUAAUAACUGCUUGGCCCACAUUGUGGCCUGCUGCCACGUCCACUGUGGUGUUUUUUGUGGCACCAAGUCAUCAUCUGCUCCCCAGGAAUGAGACAAUUGUCCCCAAUCCACAGCAAGGGUACACAGGUUCUAUAAGGGAGAGUUGGCAGCCCUGGGACAGCCCUGAGUCAGACACAUGGCCAGGCCUGGGUCCUGGGAUUCCGUCCGCAGGCCACUGCCCUCUGCUCAGCUCAGAGGAGAGCUACACACACCAGGCACAGAGGGGUCCAUGACAAGACAGAGUCAUCCUCCCCACCAGGCUACCCUCAUGUCCCCUGGGGGCAAUACAAGAGAGCAGAGCCUGGACCCCAAGGAGGCCGCCCUAGAAAGGGCAGUGGAGUUCUGGGGUCCCCUCGGUUUCCCAGGUCUCCCAGAAAGCAGGGCAUGUCCUGAGGCCUGCCCCGGAUGGAGAGGCCCCCCUGCCUGGGCACACGCAUCUCUCAGGCACAGGCCCACAUGGCCCACUUGGUGCCCUGGGUGUGCACCCACAUGCAGACUGAGGCAACAGCUGUUUCCCAGCCCAGGCUGCCCGCAGCUUCCAGUGGCCUCUCUCCCUGCCAUCCCCUCAGGGCUUUGUGAAAAAGGCUCGGGAUGGGACACAUGCAGGCAAGUGGGUGCACAAGUGGCUGGACCUGCUCCAGGGAACUUCAGCCCACCUCGUGGUUGUGGGGCCUCAUGCUUGGGGGUCCCUGGGCCCACCCUGCACCCUACGUGGUCUCCCCAAGGCCAUGCUCCAUCUACCAUAGACGCCUCCCCCUCCCCGUUCCUGCCUGUGAGGACCACACAGGAAGCCGCUGGCUUUGGCAGCUUUACUCCUCCACUUUCUGCAGCCUCAACAUCACUUUCUCUGGGCCCCAAGGACAACCAGGGACACGUGACCCCACUCCAAUGACCAGGCCUCAGGACCAUGACCUCUCACCCCGGCCCUUCUGAGCCCACCUCCCAUGGACACUGCCCUGGGGGUGAGAGGCAGCAGGGAUCUCAAGGCUUUGCUGAGGCUCCAGGUCCAAGAUGAUCCAGAUGCUGCCCAGCCUGAGCCCCAGGCCUGACCCUCCCAGCCUGGCCCAUGUCACUCCACCAGCAAGCUGCCAGCAUGGCCCUGCUAACCAGGGACCCAUCAGGAGGCAGUCUCCCUGGGGUGGGUACCUGAAACCCUGCCCCUCCCUAGGACCCAGAGAGGGCUUGUCUCCUGCAGCCCCGUCCCUCCCCUCCUGACCGUGGGCCUGGGACAUAGGGAAAUUCUCCAACAGGCAGGACUCAGGCCCCCAGGAGGAUUCCAAGCCUGAACCAGGCCAGCAUGCUGGGAGUCCAUGUCUCCUGUUAGGGACAUUCUCUCCAGCCCCUGGGCUCUAAGUGGCAUGUUAGUCAGAGUGUGAUCCUUGUGCAGUUGCCUCAGGCUGGGGUGGGCAGUUGCCCAGACAUGUUCUUGGGUGUCACCUUGGGCAGCAGUGACACAUGUCCAGAUGUACAGUCUCCCCACCCCAUGACUCCCAGGAGCCCGGUGAGCAGGUUCCAGGGCUUUGGACUGGUGUCACCAAGGAGACAGAUGGAAGAUCCCAAAGGACCCCAUGCCCACCAACACAGCCCCUCGCCCUUCCCCCAAUGCCAGCCCUUAACAGUCCCAGGGUUGCCACCAGGAAGGGGCUGGUACUCAUCAGCUGAGCAGGGAUGGGCCCAAGAGGUGCCUAUGCCCUUGCCUGGGGUCCUAGGGGGUUGGAGUAUCUGCCCACCACACUCCUCACUCCAUGGAUGAGGCCCAGAGCUGGGAGGGGCCCUGCCCUGGGAUCCCAGCACAAAGCAGUUGCCACAGCUCCUCCUGUCAGGCUGCUUUCUCCGUGGCCUUGGACUCUGGCUGCACAGACCCAAGUGAGGGGCAGCUGAGAGGGCAGGGGCUCUCCCUUUGAAGGGUGUGCCAGCAGGGGGUGGAGGGCUGGGAGCCAGGCAGGGCCAGAGGUGACCACAGCCAGUGUGGUGGACAGCUGGUGAGUGGGGAGCUGCUGGGAACACUGGAGAUGGAGCCUGGGAGAGCAUCUCCAGCCCAGCCCCAGCCGGAGCCCCACUGGGCCAGGGCUCUGCAUCUGUUCCCUGCAGUCUCUACACAAAACUGGCUUCUGUGGUCCCCAGGCAGCACCUGCCAAGACUGGAGCUGAGGAGGGACAGUCUGCCUGGGAGCUGAAGGGUGGAAUUCUCCCCCCACCCCUGCCCUGGUCGU